AUGGGAGGAGGUAACGGAUAAAACGAAGAUAGCAAUAAUUCUGGAGAGCAAGACUCAGCCUCUAUCGCAAGAAAGUAGCAUAGAAGAAAUAAAAAUGAAAUUGAAAGAGAGUAUAUUUGUGGUUGGCCCGAUUGUGGUAAACAAUACGGUACAAAUGCAGCACUUUAUACCCAUACAAAGAAUAAGCAUAAAAGUAUUGAACAUCCAAAUACAAAAAGACCUAAUUCAGAAUCUGUAGUAGGAAGAAAAGGAAGACCACUAUAAUCUUUAUAAGAAAACAAAGGUUUUCCUAUAAAUAGCAAUGAACCACCAAAAGAUUUAGAAAAAAAAUUGCAUGUUAUUAGUAUUUGGAGUGAUUCUAGGUUUAUUGAUAUGAUCCAUUUAAUCGGAAUGUAUGGUGAUUCUGAAAAUACUAACUAAUUUACCCGCGAAAUGGAAGACGAGUCCAGUGCAAUUACAGAAGAAACAAUAAAAGAAUAUAUUGAUAAGAUAAAAAAUUAAUUUGAUUCAAAAAUGCCAUUUAUAUGCCCUCCUCAUGUUAAAAACUUCUUAAUAAAGGCAUCCCAUUUUUGGAAAGCAAAAGUACAAGAAGAAUUAAAUAUAGUCUUGCUCUAUUCUGUAAUGUUUUCUGGGUAGGCUAUCAAGACUUUAUAAACAUAUAUUUCUAAUAAAGAUAGAACUGAAUAUAAAACAUUCUAAAAGUUAAUUGAUUCAAAAAAAGGUGAAGAGUUUAGCAAUUUUGUUUUAAAAAUAUAUAAGAUUUUAAUGGAGUAACAAAAUACAACAGAAAAUGGUGAUGCAACUUCCUGA